GUGUGUGUUUCUUUCUCUCUCCCACUCCAUAAUGAGUGUGUCGGUCCGUCCUCUGUCUCCUCCCUCAUGAUGUCACAGAGAGGUCGGACUCGACCUUAAAAGCUGAAGCGUCUCCUCACAGAGCAGACAGCCUGAGAAACUUCACUGUUGUGCUUCUGCUGCUCAUCGUUCGUGUGUCGGACUCUUUGGAGCAGAGAAAUGAGACUGAAGAUCAGCAGACACUGAGACGACAUGGACAAACAGAAAGUGCUGGCCAAGCUGAUCUGGGACCUGCCGUCCUUCCUGUCUGUUCUGGACUCAGAGAACCUGAGUUACAUCGCUCAGGCUCAAAAGAAAUCCAUCUCAGAGCUGCUGUCCAAACUGCAAACCAACGACACUCCUGUGUCUGUUGUGUCUCUAGUGGAAGAUGCUGAGUACAUGAUCAUGAGCUGUCCGUCAUCGUCUCCUAGCAACGAGCUGUCAGACACACCUGGAACAGACGGAGUCCGGUCCUCUCAGCUGCUCCUAAAUCAGGACUCACCUGUGUGGCUGACAAACGGGGGCCCUGUGGUGCCGCCCCUCCCUCCAGGCGGCCUCGGAGGUGAUGAUGAUGAAGAUACCUACGAGGAGGCAGAACCGUACCUACCUGACACGACCACGACUAACACUGAGAAGGCGGAGUCAGACAGCAGUCACUACGAGUCGUAUGGGGAGGAUGAUGAUGAUGAUGAGGAGGAGGAGUCUGUGAAGGACAGAGCUAACUACAUCCAGUGGAGCGCCUCCCAGCCCUGCCUGAGACCCAUCCCCGAGUCCCGCCUGUGUGGUUACCUGUGGAAGAGGAAGUGGCUCGGACAGUGGACCAAACAGCUGUUCAUCAUCAGGAGCAACGUGCUGCUGUGUUAUAAGUGUGCUCAGGACCUGCUCCCUCAGCUGGAGAUCAACCUGCGUGGCUGUCAGCUCGUCUACAAGUCAAAGAGCAACAGGAAGAUCCAGCACCAGCUCAAACUGGUGUUACUGGGAUCAGAGACACUGGUGCUGGGCUACAGCAGCUUCCAGCAGGCCGACGAGUGGAGGAAGGUGAUAGAGGAGGUGAGUGUUGGAGCUGAGGUGGAGAGUCGGAGCUCGUUGUCUCUGGUCAGAUCAGACCAGCUGCUGUCCUGCAGGUCCAGUACAGUCCAGAGUGACUCUGAGGAGGAGAAACCUUCAGCUUGCUGCAGCCUCAGCAAAGACAAAGGUGUGCUGAGCGUGCUGAUGAACUGUCAGUGGCAGAGUUUACUGUGUCAGGUGGAGGCGGGGCUCCUCAACAUGUUCGGAGAGGAGGAGGAGGAGGAGGAGGAGGAGGAGGAAGAGGUGAAGAGGUCACCUCAGUACACCGUCCAGCUCAGAGGCUGUGAGGUCAGAGCUGGGCCCGACACCAACCACUCCUACAGGAUCACACUGAGCAUGCUCGGUGACCAGGUGGCCGUGCUGGAGGUGAGUAGUUCAGGUGAGAAGGAGCGAUGGUUGAAGCUGCUGCAGGACGGAGCUGCCCAUCACAGUCACCAUGACAACAGCACACAGGAGCUCACAGGUGGAGCUCUCAGUGGGCUACAGACUCGAAGGUUCCCCACCUCCAACACCUACAUGGACGACCCGUUCCACCUGAGUGGGACCGGCCGAGACCAGCCCGUCUACUCCAACACCUCCAUCCUGGAGCACAUGCUCCAGAGCUCUCAGGACUCAGUUCGCUGCAGCUCGGUGUCGUCCAGAGACUCAGUGACCUACAGCAACACCGUCUUCACCAGCCACAACAGGAAGUCUGUGGAGGUGGAGCGAAGCGUUCAGAAGCUGGAGCUGACGGGGAAGAGGACAGUGCAGCUGAGGGCGGGGUCAGAGAUCAACCUGGCGUCUGCUGGGAAGCAAAACAAACGCACCUUCAGACAGUCGCUGGCCGUCUGCAGUGAGCGCGCUCAGGCUGGUUUCCUGAACCCUCUGCUGCGACGGACGGCCUCAGCUAAAAACUCUCUGAGACGAGCUCCUUCAUCACUCUUCAUUGAACACGGGAAGGUUUUCCAGAGGAGGAAGGAAUGGGAGACUAAAGCUGCUGCUUGACACUAACUGACCAUCAUCAUCAUCAUCAUCAUCAUUACCAUCACCACCACCAUCAUCAUCAUCACAUCUACAGUCUACAAACUCUUCUCCUCUCAGCUGAAGAACCUUCUGUAAUCUAACGUGGAUUUAAAGUACCAAACUUAAAGUGGCAUCACUGUUGGCGUCUCUGUCACAAAGACAAAGCUAAAGUGUUAUCCUCUUCCUGUUUUGGUUGCACAGUGGUUGAUUUCCACUUUAAUAUGUGCACCCUAACAUAACACUGAUGCAGCCUUUUCCCACUGCAUGGAGAUAUUCUCUUUACUGUUGUAAACACUCGAUGUUUGAAGAACCCGAAGCAACAAACAACAGACGAACCUGUGAGGAGGACGAGCAGCUGACGGGGAACGUCAGUUUAUUAGAGUCUGUUGGAUUAGUGCCAAGUGAUGACCUCAUAUCACCAUAUGUCACCAAAAUCAAAUCCUGUAGAUCGUCACUUUAAAGUUUAAUUCAACCUUCCUGCAUUGAAAGUGUAUUUAUAAAGCACAUUUCAGCAGCAAGGUAGUUCAGACUGCUUGUAAUAAAACAUCAAAAGCCAAAGCUCCUCUUUGGCUUCAAAAACAAUGACCUCAGUUUGUUUAGUUGAAGAAAAUUGUGGCACAUCGAGUUUGUGAUUUGUCCAGUGCUCUCAGUCAAAGGUCGUAACGGACCAUAGUCCCCCUGAUGAUGUGUCAAUGUGUGUCAUCUGCAUAAUUAUGGUGACAUAUUUUAUUGUUUUUUUAUAGACCCUUUUACUGUUAGUAAACGGUAUGAUGUCUAUGGUGGGCGGGGCUUAGCUGGAGGCAAAACAGUUCUCCACAGACAUUAGCUAGCGCUAGCUAACAAGUUGUGUUGUCUCGUUUUAGACGAUGGAGGAAGAUGAUGUGAGUGGUGCGUUCAGAAACACUCAUUGUGAGUGUGGGAGCGCACUCUGACACAAACUGGAGCGUUGAUAAAUUGGGAGCGCUGUCUGAAUGUAGCGUUGGGUUAUCCAGAGCAGCGCACUCUCAGAGUGGCAGAGCGCACUCUGGACACUCUGUCUGUGGAGACGGAGCAGCAGAGCGCCGAGCGGAGUGAAUGUGUGAUUAACUUAACCGUUGGUUCAUUCAUGUAGAAAUAUAACGCUGCGUUUCUUCCACCAACAGGGCUCUCAUUUUAGUGUAGAGCGUCAGACUGAAUUUACCAACGCACCAUGUCAGGUCACUCACUCUCCGGGACCGCCAGUGUUACUUGAAUAAGUAAACACUGACCAACGGGACCAGACUGGCCGACCCGUAUGCUCUCACUCAGUGGAUGGAUGAUGUCACAGGAAGCCAAUCUUACAAAGGAGGACCACACUUGUUUGUUUUGCUAUGGAAGCUAACGUUAGCUAAUGUGCUAAAAAGUUAGCGUUCCAGAGAAAUCCAAUAUUCCUCUUAAUCCCUCCCCAGUUUCUGAUGAGGUGGACAUGAUAACCCUUAAUACACAUAACCUUAUUCAUCCCUACAACAGGAAAUACUUUUUCCCUAACCUGAUAUGAAGUGUGCGCUGCACAUGUGAGCAUUUUUGAUGAUGGCCUCCGUCCAGUCCUUUGGUCUUAUCACAUUUAACCAUAGUUGUCUUUGUUUUUGUUGACGGGCAGUGGCGGCUGGUUUUGAGCCAUGACUCCUUCUAUUCUGGCUCCCAAUAACACAACAAGACAAACACAUUUUAACACUCCUAUGGAGCCUACAGCCCUGUGGGGGAGAGGCAGCUGCACCUCCAGCUGAUAACAUGAUGUCACUGUGAUGUCGGUCCUAAAAGGGACUAUAAUCUGAGCCAGUGGUAGCAUGUAGGUGUUAAACAGUAGAGGUCCCAGGAUGGAGCCUGGGGGAACACCACAUGUCAUUUUUAAACACUGAUGUAAAAUGACCUACAAACACAAAGUCAUCCCUGUUCAUUGAGUCAAAAUGGAAUCAGUUUAGUACUGUGCCUGAAAGUCCCACCAGGUUUUCCGUAUAAUACAAAGCAGCCCAAACUGUAUCCAGACUGCAGCGACCGUCUGUGGCAACAAAUGUGGAACAUAUCCGUAUGUGCAGACACUUGAUUUAUUAUAAACAGAAACAGUGCACGGCUGGUUUUCAACAUUAUUAAAGUGGUGUGGGUAGUUUUCAUAAACUGAACACACACAUAAAAGCUCUCACACUUUCUUUAUUAACAUCAUUUUAACCACUAAUCUGAGUUUAUUUGGGGUAUUUAUAUUUCAAUAAUAUAUUGAUGCAUUAGAAUCCAGUGCACUUCCUGGUUCUGUUGGAGUUUUGCAGCAGCUGUAUCAGAUGAGCCGCCGUCACAGCUGGAGUCUGAACUGUCCGUCAGCUGAGUUUGAUCCUGUGUGUCUGUGAAAUUAUGAUAGAAAUCAUCAGUGUGUCGAUAAAACUUUAAUCUGUUCAGUCUGAUGACUUAUUGUUGUAAAUUCAGGUCACACAUUAGUUUAAUCCCACGUGUUCUCUAACUGAAACAGUUUGUCUGUUCUACACUUGAUUAUUUUAUACACAUGUUGAUUUAUGUUUUUUUCCAUGACGUCACUUGUUUGUAUAAUUUUUAUAUUUACUGGAUUUUAUAAUAAUCUCAGGAGAACGUUUCUGUCGUUGAUGUUGGACUAAACACUGAUCUGUAAAAUGUUACUGUAAUAUUAAAAACUUGAUUUUACAUCAUCUUUGCUUUUAUUUAUAAAGGUUUAAAAUCACAGCAGAGAUGCAAACAGACGUGGAGGAAGUACUCAGAAGUAAAAGUAGUAAUAUCAGAGUAGAAAUACUUUGUUAGUAAAAGUACAGAAGUAUUUAGCAGUACCUUCAAAAUACACUUGAAGUACCAAAAGUUCUC